AACCGUAGGAUUAUAUUGGCGGAGAGUGUGUGGGUGUGGACCAAUGGGGAGGUUGGGAGGGUAGUGACACCUGGGAGAUGUUUACAAGUGGAGGAGACCAAGGUGGAGGUGAUGGGUCGCGCCUGCUGCACUGUGUCUGAAGGGAAGCUGAGCAUUGAUGGUCAGUAAUGAAGGAGAAGAUUAUCAAAUAUGUCUUUAAUCCGCAUCAGGGGUCGCACAAUACUAGCACCAAUUCUGAGUGAAGAAGAACGGGUUGAGGCUCGUGCACUACGUGAUCAAGCAGUACAAUCCCAGCAUGAGCGUCAGCGGUUUCAGUGUCAACAGCAGCCACAAUUCAGAAUCUGCCCCCACCAGCAUGAGAGCCAUCGCCACACAUGGGGCUGUGAAACAUGCAGUGAUAGUCGCAAUGUUCUCGGCGGAAGUGAGAAAUCUUCAAGUGGUUUCCAGACUCGUAGCAGUACUUUAGCAUCACCAUCAAUGACUCAAGGUAGACAGCGUGAGGGCCAAGAGAAUUCUUCUUCUUCUGGUCCUAGCAGUCAUGGAAGCGGCGGAGAACCAAUGUCAGAGGGACCAGAGGAUUCACCAAGUGCGGCCCAUGUGUCCGUUCAAACUGAAUCAUCGGUGUCACUAACAGCCAGCACAGAUUUACGUUCCUACCUCAACACCUCCCUUGAUAAUUCCCUCGACACCUCCAUUAGUGCCUCGCAUGAUACCUGGCACCAGUCAUCAUUACUGGCUGAGGUUGAUGAAGCUCUCCUGAUGAGUGCCUCUCCAGAGGUGGCCACCAACCUCAUUCUUGGACGCCUCCACCCGUCUGCCGUCCUUCAUCCCUCCACCACUAAAGUGCGGUCUUCACAGGCCGACUCUCAGCACACAGAAACAGCCAGCAGCACCUUGGUGCAAGGUCAACAAAUAUUAGAGCAUCACAUGCCUUCAGAAAAUCACGAUACUACGACCACAGCCUCUCUGAGUCUUAGCUUUGCCUCGGCAUCGGAGGAAGGUGGUGAAGGCUCCGGAGAUGGAUUAGACGUGUCUGAAGAGAUUUUGGAAGUUUCCGAGGCUAUAGAUGGGUCUGAGGAAGAUCAAGCAGGGAGCUUGCCUAGUGAAGUAGAGUCCGACUCUCACAAAGAAGAUAAUCGUGGUUACAAUAUCCGAAAGAGACACGUCAGGAGUCCUAAAGCAAGCAUUGGAGAUGUUGGAAAGAUUCCAAGGGAUGUAGGAAUGAGAGAGGGCACCAGUACAGGUACAAGGGAAAUCAGGGAUGGAAUAUUGAGAGAUGUUCGGGACCCAUCUUGGAUGUUGCAGUGGGACUCUGGACGUAGCAGCAGCCACAGUGACUAUCUAGAUGAUUACUUGGAGCUCUUGACAAGCAAAUGCAACAGUGGUCUUGGGCUAGAGGCUAAUGUGUUAUCUGUAACAACAUGCAAAGGUCCUUUACCAGUCACCAGUACCACCACUGCUACCUCUAGGGUCAUAAGCACAAGUGGCUCAGAGACAUCUAGUGGAGGAAAUUUCUCCACUUCCGUGGCGGCAAACACUAAUGGUAAACAAAAGGAUAACAAAUCUGAGAAUUUGGAAGCCAGUCACAAGAAGACAGCUGGCCAAGAGAAAGAUAGUGAAAAGCAAGAAACUAAAGAGGGCACUAAAGAGAAAAGAAGCCCCAGGGAACUCCAGAGAACCAGAGAUAUGCUUGCCGAACCUCGGUCUCUGUCGGCAGCCUCGGAACGAAGAGCGAGCAAAAAGAGCAGGGCCCGAAGAUGGUCAUCGGCUCAACCACUUGAUCCAGGCCGCAGUGUAGGCAGCAAGUAUCUUGACAGCUAUCUUGGCAACUUGACGGAUGAUGCCUGGCUACAAUAUCCUACUCACUUGACCUCCCGUCGUAUGGUGUUUCUCAGCUCUGAUGAGUACAUACUCUCGGUGAGACCUCAGGCUUAUAAGAAGGCUGAAGAGGAAAGCUCGGGCACCAGAAAGCGUUCGGAAAGUUCAACAUCUGAAGAGAGCAAAAGGCAUGACACGUCUAUUACUUCAUCAGACGAUCCACUUUCUAAUGCUCACGAUGAAAAUACUUCCUCGGAUGAUCUCUCGAAGAGUCGCUCCGGUAAAGAUAAGACAGUAGCAAGUAAGCCACAUUCUACAGGAGAAAAUAAAUUGGCAGCAUCACAAAGCAGUCAACAACCUCAACAGAAUCUGAAUCUCGAUGGUAAAAGCAUCCCGAGUGCUACUUUACCAAAUGAAUCUUCUCGGCAGAGCCUGGAGGCAAUGGCUACAUCAUUAGGGAGUCAGGAUGUUGAAGAGAAUGGCUUGUAUGAGGCUCCUGAAACACCAUCUGAUAAGACGGAAACUAAAGUUAGUAGCGAUGAAGGAAUUGAAGUUCUAGGAAGCCCAGCAAGCACAGGCUCGGGUGGGAAGCUUGUUGAUGAUAGCUUGUGUGUUAAAACCUCCAGUACGACAGAAGUUCCUGUGAUACAUAAAGAGAUAAAGGUAAUUCCUCCAACCCCUAGUGAUUCGGUAAAAGGUAUUGUAGAUCCUGACCGAAGUGAAGUAGAGAGUACGGCCCCAGCAUACAAGGUUUUGGAAGUUUCAGGCUGUGCUGAACGUAGUGAGGAGUUUCAGGACAGUUCUUCAGAAGACAGUAGUGAAACAGAACCCAGUACUAUUGUUUAUGUUGAUGACUGCCCAACUGACAGUCUAAGUGAAGGGCAGAAAAGUUCUCUUAAUUUAAAUGAAAUACAGAAAAGUUCUCACAUGGAUAGUGAAGUAAGAAAUAUACUUCAAGUGGAUAGCAGGGACCAGAGCAUUCCUCCGAUGAAAAGCAAAGAACAGAGCAACUUUCAAGAUAAUAAUAGAGAACAAAACGGUUGUGAAACACAGGAAAAUAUUGAAGACAGUGACAAAGACAGAGUUUUAGUACCCCACAAGUUUGUCUCGCCACACAGGGACAAUAAAGCCUCUGAGCUGGUUGAGCACCAACCUUUAAGCGUGGAUGUGCAGCUUGUUAGAGCAUCAGAGCAUAUCAAGGGAAUGAGAGAGAGUGGAACAAAAAAUGACUUUGAAAUGUGCACUCAAAGACCUGUUGAUGGCCAGAAUAAGGAAAGGGUGGCUGAAUAUGACAUGUAUGAUUCAGAUGAUGAAUGCUUGGUAGUUCAAGUGUACGAAGACAAGAACACUGUAUCUCGUGGUGAAACGAGUGAUUUGUCUAGAAUAGAAAGAGAUGAGAGUACAGAAUCUGAUCAAGCAGAGCAGGUAAUUAAAAUUGUCCCACAGAGAAGGGACAAGAUAAAAUAUGAUAAAGAUGCCAGUUGUAAAGUAGAGCUUGUUCCAUAUAAAAGCUCAGAAAAUGCUAUGGAUCAUGUUUUGACUUUACUAAGGGCUAAACAGCAGCAGGAGUUAGAGGAGCUACGCCUCCGCCAGGAAGAGGAAGUUAGAGAGUUUAUUCGGCAGUUGCAGUGUGUGUCCCCAGAACAGUUGCAUGCAUUCCUGGCUGCAAGCAGUGCUACUGCUCCAAGCUCAGAUGGCAGAGUUGAUGGUUGCCUAGACGUGUCUCACAAUGUUCUGAAAACCAAAGCCCUUGUCAGACCAAAUAUUGAAAAAAAUGAUUCAAAAGGUGGAAAUAAGCAAGAGGGAUCCAGUGUUUGCACUGAAGCAUUCAAGGAACCAUCUCAACAUGGUGACAGUGCUGAAACUUCCGAGGUGGUCUCCUCGACCAAUCCUACCUACCGUGGUCAGGCCAGAGAAUGGGGUAGUCGGUCAGGUUUAUCACCUACACCCACACAUUCACAAGCUGUUAUGCAGUCGUGUGCCUCCACAUAUCCAUCGGCCAUUACACAGUCAUAUUCCUCCAUGCACUCAUCAGCUGUUACUCAGUCAUAUUCUUCCACUCAUCCAUCAGCCAUUACACAGUCAUGUUCUUCUGUGCAACAGCCCAUUAGUUCAAAUCUUCCCUUGACAACUAUUCCAUCAGGCACUUCCCCUCCUCCCACAACUAGUGAGAAAACUAGGGUAGAAUCUCCCAAGCCUCGACCAUCCAAUCAUACUAAUCUUAUGCCAUCUUACAUAAUGAAUGAAGAAGCAAGAAAAUCUUCAGGAAACCAAGAAAAUGAUAACUACUUGCAUCUUGAUGCAAGCUAUCAAGCUCUUGGUCCAAAGAAUCUCUCUCCUCAAAUGUCUAACAGUCCACAUCACAUUCCACUUUCGAGUACUUCGGUAGGCGAUUCCGAACGUAGUAAUAUUGAAUAUUCACUAUCUAGGAAUAACAAUUCUAAUCUUGAAUCUGUUGACUCUGUAAGCUUCAUUAAUGGGAACUGUGUUAACUAUGGUGAUGGAAUGCAGUACUAUAGAUUGUGCACACCCGACGAAGAUCUUAGCAUUGACGAAAUCACUCCAAGGACCACCGUGGCCGAGUCCCACUACCAGUCAAAGCCUACAGAGACUGUAACCCAACCAGGAUUGUUUAAAGUUUUUGGUAACACCCCUUGGCCUAGCCCACGGCCCACCAGCAUUACCAGUCUCUUGGCCGAGCACCCAGAGAUCUUCAGAGAUGACAUAGUGGAGGUGAACCUUGAUCACCCGGGUGACUGGGGGAGCUCUACUGUAGGACUGAGGGAACCCUGCAGGAACGUUGUGGAGGAAAGAAGUAUGGUUCUUCAGGAUGCUGUCACAGCUGAAGGUGGACUUGACAUGGUUCCAGAGAAAGAAAGCGCCUCCAGUGUCCACUUUCAUCGGCUGAGUCAGAAUGUGAUCUUCAUUAAGGGCAUUAUCAGACUGCAAGCUUGUAUUCGCCGAUACAUGACACAAAGACUUCUGCGCACCAAGUUUGUGGAAGAGCAGCUGGCAACACUGGCCGAGAUCGCCAAGUUGGCUCAACAGUUCCGUCGGGAUAUACUCACCGACAACAUCCACAAAGGAGAUGUGGACUUCCAUAAGGCCCUCUAUAAUCAGGAGGCAUUGGCUCGGGAGAGGAUUCGUAGAGUGUUUUUCGUGCUCAGUGUUGAAGAACAGAUGUCUCUCAUCCGCCGAGAUCGACAUCUGUGGCAGAUGGAUCAAGACCGACAGAAUGCCGGCGUCUUUCGUUCUUCACCAACACACACAGUUUCUAAGUAUAAAAACAGAAAUGUUGAGGAAAAGCCACGAUCAGUGACUGCAACAAAGGUGCCGGCAGCAAAGAGACCCUCCCCAACUGGACCAAGACCACAGCAGGAUGUCAAAACUCGUGCUGGGUCUCUCAGAAGCAGGGCGACUCGGUUGGUUCAACCAUCUGUUACUCAUCAUUCGUCGUCAUCGCACACAGUCCAUGUGCCUAAUGUGCAUGCAGAUCACAAACAUUCCCCUAGGGUCAGCAAACUCCCAGUUCAAAUGGAAAGAUCGUCUUCGCACGUGGAGAAUGCCCCGCCUCAUUAUAGUAAGCCAUCUGUACAUGUCAAGUCGCCUCAAGAUCCUAGAUGUGGUGCACUUCAGAGUAACAGAUGUGCAUCCCACCCUCGCAGUAGCAGUGCCUCGCAGCUACCCACCCGAAGUGGGUCACGGCAAAACUCUCGAACUUCAAGUCACGUGCCAAGUACACCUAGAAGCAUGAGCUGUACUCCAAGAAGUACAACCCACUCUAACAGCCCACGAAGAGCUCUGCAGGUGGGACAUGCAUCUCCACUGGCCUUCACAACAACGCGGUUUGGAGUACACCGGCUACACCACCAAAACCAGCCAGCAAGACCUCGAUAGUUGGCAGAAGGCCGUGGCGGUGAUGGUUGCGAGCAGGAGGCCCUAUGGGAUGGCACCUUGGCCAGUGGCAGCUAAGAGUCAAGACACUGUAUAAUGUAUCACGUGGAAAAGCUUCACGCAUCAUAAGCCAGCACGUGACAAAUCUCUAUCUAAACAAGCUGUACAUGCGACAUGGUAAACAGUGUAUGGGAAAAACUUGCUAAUAUUAAUGCUAUGCCCAGGCCUCUUUGUGCUGUAUCUCCUGGUUAACAAGCUUCAUAGUCAAUGGGCUCGAGUGUUGAGCGUCCCUCCCAGAACAAGUGCGGGAAGAUCCAUUGUGCUCUGUGUGCAAUUCAUAUUGUGGUAAAGUGUUCAUUCUUGUAUACAAUUAAUUUAUGAUUGGCCUUAUUUGAAAUUAAUUUAUGCUAUGGUUUCUUGCUCUAUUUAUACCUACAUACUUACACACAUACCUUGUGUGUAUGCAUGUGAGAGAACUACAAAUGGAGAGAGAGGAAGAGACAGUGACUUAGAAAAACUAAAUCUUUCAUGCCCAGUAACUGUGAAUUUCUGUAAGAGAGGUGCAAGGCAUGAGCUUGCAGGUGUUGCCUUAUAGGUGUUAGUGUCACACUAGCUGGUAGCCGGGAGCUUGAGCAUAGUCAAGCCACGAGGCACUCUGCUACCUUAUUUAUACCCUCCCUCCAUUACUUCAUCUCUGCAUUCCUUUCUCCGGUUUCCUCCUUUAUUCCUUCUUCUUUUCUUUCCUUUUUUAUAAUUUUCAUGGAGGUGAAUUGUUUAAUGUUAAUCAUGUAUGAGUUGGUAGUGUUUGUAAAGUAAAAUGUUAUCUUUAAAAAUGUUAUAGUUUAAAAUUCUUGGUAAAUUUACAGUUUCAAACUUUGCCAGGACUUUAUAGAAAGACCUGAGAAUACUUUAUAAAGCAUCAUCUGAAAAAGUGUGUAUAGAACUCGCUUAUGAGCUAAUUAAGCAUAUCUAGUCAACUUAUGGAUAUUUAGGGUCUUGUACUACAGUACUGGGGAGUGCAGGGAGAUGAAUGAUCUCAUUAAUGAAAUACCGAAUAUUUUCAGUUUUAUAUUUUUUACAUCAUCCUUUGUCAACCCUUUUAGGUUAAGGCAUAUUCAGUGAAAUAUCCAAAAAUUGCAACCUAGUGAACACGUGUUGGGAAAAACGAUGUUGAAGCAGCAUCGAUAAUGUUGGUUCAGCGUCAAUCGAGCAUGUUUUGCCCACUGGGAAAGCUUUGACUGAUUUCUCAUUAUUAUUAUUAUUAUUAUAUUUUUGUAUUUACUAGUAUUUCUUUAACUUAUAGUUUUGCUGCUGCUUCCUGGUUCUUAGUGUGGGAUCACAUUAAAGAUUACCAUGGUCAGGUCUUCACAGUGUAAUUCAGAAGUCUAGUGUAAUUAGAGAAAUGAAUGGACUCUGGAUAAUCAUGAUAACUCGCUUGUCUUUAAUAUGAAGAAAAUUAUAUUUUUUAUAUUUUAGUUAUGGAUAUAUUUAACCUUGAUGAUGUAUAUCAGUUUAUUUUUCAUACUUCUUUCAACAAGUAUUUGAAUGCAAAAUCAUUUAAUAUGUGGCUUAUUUGUUGAUUUUAUUUGUCUUGCACUUUUUGAUGUAUGGUUAAACCAAAAAAAAUGUGCCUAAGUAACAUAGAAUUAUUCUGUAUAUUGUUCUAUACUGUCAAAACAACUCUCACUGUAGUACAGUCAAUUCAUUGAAAUGUUUGCAAUGUUUACCAAGAGUGACUCAAAGACAACACUUUGUCUUACAUUUACGCUAUAUAAUGAUAAAACUCUAUUGGGCAUUGUAUGAAUAAUGCAUGAUUCCAUUUUGGACAGCUUGCAAGUACCAUACGAGAAACAGAAAAUGGUGGAUGGUUGAAAAGUACAGAAUAUAUACCGGUAAUAAUGUUCAUGUAGCUUUCUACGUAUCUUCUCUAUAAUGAAUACUUACUGUUAAGAAAGAGUUAAUUUGAGAAAAAGCAAACAAUUUGAUAUGUCAGGCUUUGACAACAAAAAUAUAAUAAACUGAUCUCAAGUUUAAGGCCUUUUACUUGUGCUCACUUAAUGAACCAUAUUUAAAUACAGUUUUGCAUUUAAUAUUGCAUGAUUGCCUAUUUUGUGCUUUCUGUUGAAUGAAGAGACCUUCUGUCUGCGGAACAUUGAAGUUAAUGCGCAGCAUCACAUAUGGCUAAUAAAACCUGGACCAGCUACCCUGUUAUCACUAGAGAUCAAUAAGACAUUGCAAAGUAACUUGACUAUGAAAUUAUAUACUUCAUGCAACUGGAAAUUUUAUAUAAUUUUCAAAUGGCAUAAUAUAGAUAUCCAUAAUUAAGUCCAAGGGCAUUGGAUUUUGUCAGAGGCAGCCAUAUAAUUCUUCAUUUACAUUGUUAUAGGCCAGUGAUAACCUUUAUUAUUCUAAAGCUUUCAUAUAUAUAUACGAAAUGAUACAUGGUAUCAAGUCAUCAGUCUAGUGUCAAACUUUGACCUAUAGUGCUAGAGCCAGGAAGUGACUAUAUAAACAGGAAAGACUGUACUGUGAACAUUUUCUACAUUCAUUUUAUUAUUCAUUCUUGCCAAAACUGUAUUUAGUACAGCAAAUAUUCUGAUGAGUUUUAUAUGUUGGUGUUGGAGCUAAGGCACUGGAAUAUGAAACAUUGUCACUGCUGUUUCUUGUGCUGCAAGAGAACAUGUUAUUGUCAUGCACUGUAUGUGGGAACAUUUGUCUGCUUUUGGCCAGUUCUCGGAAUAUAGUAUGUAACCUGUGUACACAAAGUGUGUGUUUGAUAAACGUUGGUAGCCACUUUCUUAUAUGCAUUACUCUGUAUCUUGGAAAUUGGUCAUCAUUAUAUAAGUAAUGUAUCAUCCCGUUCUUUCAAUUCACCACUCCAUAAAAAAUGUAACUUUUUAUCUAGUUAGAAAAAUAUAUACCCAAGCAACCCACCAAAAGAGACCAAUGUAUAGAAAUUGUUAAUAUUAUGGUGUUUUAGUUUUAUAAAUACAUCACAUUUUUAAUGGAAUGGUAGAUCUAAAAAAUGUGACACAUUAGGUGAGAGGACGGGUUGUACGUAUAAAGGUUGAGAGAAUUUUUCUUGGCACCAGGAAGAGAAGCUCAUUGUUUAAGUAACCAUCUUCCUCACCAGUAGAGUGCAGAGGAAGUCAUUUCAUUAUUUUUCCUGGUGUCAAACACCAUACUGUUGCCGCGUAAGUAUCAAAAAGAGCAUUCCAUAUAUGAAUUUCCAGCAUACAGUAUAUGGCAAAGUAACUUAUUCUGUAUUUCCCCUUGGUCUUUUAAAUCACUUUUCAUGGAUUAUUUAUUCUAGGUCUAACAGAGACAUUUAUGACUUAACGAAGUCUUGUUCAUUCUAUUUAUAUAGAGAUCAGAAUGUAGGAUUAGCCAUCUUCCUUGUAUUUGGUUAAGUGUUUUGGCAAGUGCUCUAGAGUGGACAGUGGAACAUUAAAUAUAUGACAUUCA